GGGCUGCCAUGGAGGUGGGCGCGGGCGGAGGAGCAGGCGCUAGAAGAGGAGGGAGGAGGAGGAGGAGGAGGAGGAGGAGGAGGAGGAGGAGGAGGAGGAGGAGGAGGAGGAGGAGGAGGAGGAGGAGGAGGAGGAGGAGGAGGAGGAGGAGGAGGAGGAGGAGGAGGAGGAGGAGGAGGAGGAGGAGGAGGAGGAGGAGGAGGAGGAGGAGGAGGAGGAGGAGGAGGAGGAGGAGGAGGAGGAGGAGGAGGAGGAGGAGGAGGAGGAGGAGGAGGAGGAGGAGGAGGAGGGAGGAGGAGGAGGAGGAGGAGGAGGAGGAGGAGGAGGAGGAGGAGGAGGAGGAGGAGGAGGAGGAGGAGGAGGAGGAGGAGGAGGAGGAGGAGGAGGAGGAGGAGGAGGAGGAGGAGGAGGAGGAGGAGGAGGAGGAGGAGGAGGAGGAGGAGGAGGAGGAGGAGGAGGAGGAGGAGGAGGAGGAGGAGGAGGAGGAGGAGGAGGAGGAGGAGGAGGAGGAGGAGGAGGAGGAGGAGGAGGAGGAGGAGGAGGGGCAACGGGAGGAGGAGCAGCAGGUACGAAUGCUGGUGAAGGGGGGGAGGAAGGCACAGGCAAAGGUGAGAGUGCAGGAGGAGGGGAAGAGGAAACACCCGAGGGGGCGGGGGAAGGAGGGUGGGAAACAACGGAAGGAGAGGGAGCGGGGAGAGGAGGAGGAGGAGGAGGAGGAGGAGGAGGAGGAGGAGGAGGAGGAGGAGGAGGAGGAGGAGGAGGAGGAGGAGGAGGAGGAGGAGGAGGAGGAGGAGGAGGGAGGAGGAGGAGGCUGAGGAGGAGGAGGAGGCUGAGACUGA